AUGUCCAAAUCCGACAGUGAUUUUUACAUUCCUCUCGAUCUCCAGAUCAAUAUACUCUUAGGGUUGCCUUUGAAAUCUCUGUCAAGAUUUAGAUGCGUCUCCAAGCUUUGGUUAUCUAUCAUCACCAGCCGAGAUUUCAUAAACCGGCGCUUGAAUAUCACACCUCCUCCUCGUCUCCUCAUUGCUUUUGCCGAUUUUCACGGAGCAAAUAUUCUGAUAGCCUCGACGCCUAACCCAAACGCAUCUUCAUACUCUUCUUCUUCUUCUAACAAAGAUCUGAUCCUAGUAAACACUAAAGGCAAAGUGGUGUAUAAUGCAUGUCAGGGCUUGAUCUGCGUUCGGGCCGGUUUCAAGGACGUGGGAAUUUGUAACCCUAGCAACAGGCAAGUGCAUACUUUUCAUGAUUUCGAGUUCAAAGAUACUCCACAAGUUUUUCUACCCCCCAAGUAUAUGUUGGGGUACGAUCCUGUUGAAGAUCAAUACAAAGUGCUUGCCCUUGAUGCUGUGUAUUGGAUAUUGGAGCACAAGGUUGUGGUAUUGGGAGGAGAAGAAACUUGGAGAGAGGCUCCGUUUGUAGCAUAUCCUUACAUUGUUUGUACAAGGUGUUUGUAUAUGAACGGAGCAAUAUACUAUGGGGCUAUUUUGAAAGACAUUGAGUCCCCGCAUAAUUCUAUAAUUGGGAGAUUUGAUGUUAGGCUUGAAACGUUCACCAUCAUCAAAGUACCAAGCAAACUUGUACCAACUGGUUAUACGAAUAUGUGGCUUGCUAAGCCAUGGCUUUGUACAGAUAAAAUUUUAAUCGACUACAAAGGGACAAUUGGAGUGGUCGAGAAUCCUCGUGAGGGUAGUUUUCGAAUGUGGGUUUUAGAAGAUGCUGAGAAAGAGGUUUGGUCUAUGAACACUUUUGCUUUGCCUGAAUCUUUUGCUCGGCUUGACUUCAAGGUCAUGGAAACCUUUUCAACGGGCGAGGUUUGUCUGGUUCUGAACGAGUUUUCUGAUCCCUUUUGUCUUUUCUAUUACAAUUUGGAGGAAAAAAACAUGAGAAGUGUUACAAUAGAAGGACUGCCUAUGUCCGAGCUUAAGAAAGCCCAGCUUCAUUCUCUUAAUAAUUCUUUUUCUGUGUCUGUUUCGGAUCAUUAUGAGAACUCCAUGUCCUUCGAUAACUAA